AUGUCCGAGGCUGGCGGGGCCGCGCCGGGCGGCGGCGGCGGGGCCGGGGCCGGGGCCGGGCUGGGGGCGCUGCCCCCGCCGCCCCCCGCGCCCCCGCCCGCGCCCCAGGGCUCGCCGGGCGCCGUGGCGGCCGGGGGCUCGGGCGCCUGCGGACCGGCGACGGCCGUGGCGGCGGCGGGCACGGCCGAGGGGCCGGGCGGCGGCGGCUCGGCCCGGAUCGCGGUGAAGAAGGCGCAACUGCGCUCCGCGCCGCGGGCCAAGAAACUGGAGAAACUCGGCGUGUACUCCGCCUGCAAGGCUGAGGAGACUUGUAAAUGUAAUGGCUGGAAAAACCCCAACCCUUCUCCCACUCCCCCCAGAGCCGAUCUGCAGCAAAUCAUUGUCAGUCUCACAGAAUCCUGCCGGAGCUGUAGCCAUGCCCUAGCUGCUCAUGUUUCCCACCUGGAGAAUGUGUCAGAGGAAGAAAUGAACAGGCUCCUGGGAAUAGUGUUGGAUGUGGAAUAUCUCUUUACCUGUGUCCACAAGGAGGAAGAUGCGGAUACCAAACAAGUUUAUUUCUACUUAUUCAAGCUCUUGAGAAAGUCUAUCUUACAAAGAGGAAAGCCUGUGGUUGAAGGAUCUUUGGAGAAGAAACCCCCAUUUGAGAAACCUAGUAUUGAACAGGGUGUGAAUAACUUUGUGCAGUACAAAUUUAGUCACCUGCCAUCCAAAGAAAGGCAAACAAUAGUUGAGCUGGCAAAGAUGUUCUUAAAUCGCAUCAACUACUGGCAUCUGGAGGCACCAUCUCAACGAAGGCUGCGAUCUCCCAAUGAUGAUAUUUCUGGAUAUAAAGAGAACUACACCAGGUGGCUGUGUUACUGCAAUGUGCCACAGUUCUGUGACAGUCUACCUCGGUAUGAGACCACCCAGGUGUUCGGGAGGACACUGCUUCGCUCGGUCUUCACCGUGAUGAGACGACAACUCCUGGAACAAGCAAGACAGGAAAAAGACAAGCUGCCGCUCGAGAAACGAACUCUAAUCCUCACCCACUUCCCAAAGUUUCUGUCCAUGCUAGAAGAGGAAGUUUAUAGUCAAAACUCUCCCAUCUGGGAUCAGGAUUUUCUCUCUGCCUCUUCCAGAACCAGCCAGCUAGGAAUCCAAACAGUUAUCAGUCCACCUCCUGUGGCUGGGACGAUUUCAUACAAUUCAAACUCAUCUUCCACUGAGCAGCUGAAUGGAGGGAGCACCAGCCCUUCCUGUAAAGCCUCUUCUGGGCUUGAGCCAAACCCAGGAGAAAAGAGGAAAAUGAAUGACUCCCAUGUUCUGGAGGAGGCCAAGAAACCCCGAGUGAUGGGGGAUAUUCCAAUGGAAUUAAUCAACGAGGUCAUGUCUACCAUCACAGACCCUGCAGCGAUGCUUGGACCAGAGACCAAUUUUCUGUCAGCACAUUCAGCCAGGGACGAGGCAGCAAGGCUGGAAGAGCGCAGGGGUGUGAUUGAAUUUCAUGUGGUCGGCAAUUCCCUGAACCAAAAACCCAACAAGAAGAUCUUGAUGUGGCUGGUGGGUCUGCAGAACGUGUUUUCCCAUCAGCUGCCCCGCAUGCCGAAAGAGUAUAUCACGCGGCUAGUCUUUGAUCCGAAACACAAAACCCUUGCUUUAAUUAAAGAUGGCCGUGUUAUUGGUGGUAUCUGUUUCCGUAUGUUUCCAACCCAAGGAUUCACAGAGAUUGUUUUCUGUGCUGUAACCUCAAAUGAGCAAGUCAAGGGCUAUGGAACACACCUAAUGAAUCAUUUGAAAGAAUAUCAUAUAAAACAUGACAUUCUGAACUUCCUCACAUAUGCAGAUGAAUAUGCAAUUGGAUAUUUCAAGAAACAGGGUUUCUCCAAAGAAAUUAAAAUACCUAAAACCAAAUAUGUUGGCUACAUAAAGGAUUAUGAAGGAGCUACUUUAAUGGGAUGUGAGCUAAAUCCACGUAUCCCAUACACAGAAUUUUCAAUCAUCAUCAAGAAGCAGAAAGAGAUCAUUAAAAAGCUGAUAGAAAGAAAACAAGCCCAGAUUCGCAAAGUCUACCCCGGACUUUCAUGUUUUAAAGAUGGAGUUCGACAGAUCCCAAUAGAAAGCAUUCCUGGAAUUAGAGAGACAGGCUGGAAACCGAGUGGAAAAGACAAAAACAAAGAACCCAAAGACCCUGACCAGCUUUACAGCACACUUAAGAGCAUCCUCCAGCAGGUGAAGAGCCAUCAAAGCGCUUGGCCCUUCAUGGAACCAGUGAAGAGAACAGAAGCUCCGGGAUAUUAUGAAGUUAUAAGGUUCCCCAUGGAUCUGAAAACCAUGAGUGAACGCCUCAAGAAUAGGUACUACGUGUCUAAGAAAUUAUUCAUGGCAGACUUACAACGAGUCUUUACAAAUUGCAAAGAGUACACCCCUGAGAGUGAAUACUACAAAUGUGCCAAUAUCCUGGAGAAAUUCUUCUUCAGUAAAAUUAAGGAAGCUGGAUUAAUUGACAAGUGAUUCUUUUUCCUCUGCUUCUUAGAAAGUCUUCAAGCAGUGUGCCUAAAGCCAGGUGGUUUAGUUUUACAAAGAAUUGGACAUAAUGUAUUGAAGAUACUUGUAAAUGUAAUAAUUAGCACUUUUGAAAAACAAACAAAAAAACCUCCUUAGCUUUUCAGAUACAUAUUUAAAUUGAAGUCUAGAACAUUUUUAUUGUAUGGAAUAGAUUUUAAUCUAUUUACCACUAUUAAUGUAAAUUUUCUAUGGCAUGUCCAUUAGCUGAAUAUUCAAUAAUAGAUGAUCAGGGGUUUCCUCAAAACCUGUGUAUGAGGAGAUCACACAUAGUACCAAGAUUUGGGGGAAUCCAGAAAAUUUUCAGACAGUGAAUGUGUCCAUUUUUUUCUAAUGGAAUGUGAGAGUUUAUUUUUAUUUUAUUCUGAAGACUUUAAGGAAUGGAUACAUGAUAAAAAGUUCAUAAAAGCUGAAAUAUGUGAUGCUGGAAGUCUCAUUGUAGACUUUAUAUAUAUAUAUUUUUAAAAACACUCAUCUAGAUGAGGUGCUUUGAGCAGUUCUGAAAAAUGCAGUUCUAGUAACUGCUUUGAUUCCUAAGGAAGAAAUUCUAAAUAAUGCAAACUUUUAUAUUGAGCAUCUGGUUUUUUGAUAAUUCUGUCUACCUACAACAAACUUGUGAGUGUAUAACCACUAUUUUGGUAAUGAUUUUCUCUACACCAAUGUGUCAUACUUGACCUUGCUUAUGCAGGCCAUAAGUUCCAAAAGGUAUUUCCCCGGGGCUACAGUCAUAAAUCUGAAAACACCUGAGAUUUAAUGCUUUAAGAGGAAAAGCUGUAUUAUCUGUUUAUGUACCAAAUUUUGUGAGCCCUUAUUCCAAUAAAGAUACUUGUUUUCCUUUUCUAUGCUAUGCUCAACCCCACUACUGAUGUGUUUAUGAACAUGUUUCUCUUUGCAUCCCCGGGUUCUAUUCAUUCUGAGAGCAAUAAAAUCGCCACCCUGGCUUGCUGUCAGUAUUUUAACACCUACAUUGUUAUAUAGGUCCAGGGUGUUAGCCCACUAAAAUCCAUCAUGCGACUUUACUAACCAAUUAACACUACAUAAAAAGGUGGGAUAUUUGCCAUCCCAACUCUGGGAGAACCAAGUAAUAGGAAACAAAUGAAUCCCAUCAUAAGAGUCUCCACACUAAUUUUUAUUAUACAAAUUUAUAAACUGAUUUUUGUAAAGGACUAGGUUUUGAAAAUAUAUUUCAUUUGAUGUUUUCUACCGGCAUAAAUGAAUUAAAAUGAUAAUUUGACAGUUGUUAAGAACAGUUGCCAUAGAUAAUUUGCAUGAAGAAGAAAAAAACAAAACCCCUGCAAAUGGCUAUUGAGUUGAAGUGUUGCUUUUGAUAUGUAAGAGAUACUCAGAAUGCUCGCAGCGCUGAAAAAUGCCUCAACUUUUUAAAGAAAACACCUUGAGUGGCAUCUAGGUUUCUAAGAAGAAUGAUGACACAGUUUGGAUUAAGUGUCUUGGACUGAUUUCAACCAGUGCUUUGUACUGGAUCUGCUGAAGCAUCCGUCCAGCUUGGUAUCCUGUGAAAGUUUGUUAUUUUCUGGGUAGACAUUCUUAUAGAGUUUUGUCUUUAAAAUCAGAUUGUCUCUUCUAUAUUGAAAGCAUUUUUAUGUUUUCUAAUUUAAAAAUUAAUAUUUUCUUAUAGAUAUUGUGCAAUAAAGCUGAUGUAGGAUGUGUGGUUUUUGCAAAUGCUUUAACGACUGAUAAAAUUUUACAUUUGUAAAAUUAAUAUAUUGUACUGGUACAAAAUAGUUUUAAAUUAUAUUUUAAAAAGCU